AUGGACACUCAACCUUCCACAGCCGCGGCAGGCCCGGCGCCCAGAAGCUGGCGUGACGAUGGCCGCCACGUGCCGCACGACACCCUCGUCCAGAUUGCUCACUACCUUGGUGACAUGAUGGACGAUGGCGACGACGAGGCCCGUCUCACCCUCGCAUCCAUGAUGAGGGUGUCCAGCGAAGGUCUGGACGCAGCGGCACGACCCCUCUAUUCAUCAGUCACUGUCACCCGAGACAACUUUUCUCAGCUAUUUGGUGGCAACGAUAUGAACAAGUCCAAGUUGUUCGAGCACCUCCUCACCUUCCCCACACGCCAGUCGGUCAUUCGCAAGCUUGGCCUCUUCCAGUGGGUCAGGCACCUGCACGUCGAGGAACUGCCCUGCGAGCAGGCCGUGUCGGACCUCAUGGACGCCUUCCGUGUCGCGUGCUCGCAGCCCUCUUCGGGAGUCGCAUGCCAGCAGGCCCUCGGCGGUCGCCUCUUCCCGCGCCUCCAAGGCGUGUCAUUUGGCCCCAACGUCUUCCUCAACCAACACAGCGCGCCGCCACUCGGCCCCGAGAUUCAAGGCGCAAUGCACCGCUUCCUGACAUUCCUGCGUCGCGAGGCUGACCCGAUUCACAUGUGUCUCCAACUGCCCUCACCCCUGGACAUUGCAAAGUACAGGAACAAUCACCAUGGAGCCGAACGCCCUUGCCGUCCAUCUGAUCCCGCCACUCCAGGCGGUACCGACCCCGCGAUCCAGCCGACUACGGACUCGAACAGCCUCACACUUGCGGAUCAGGCUACAUGGCCCGCCUCUUUAGCACGUGCUUGGGGUAUCAAGACCAUCUCUGUCCACGACGUGCGCUUUACGCUAUCCGUCCACAACAUCCUCCUCCGGCUCCCGUGCGAGCGCCUACGCCUCUUCGCGCCGGACGGACCAUGUUCCCUUCGUAUGUGCGAAGACGGCCCGUGUAUCCACCACGACCAACAUUGGGGCCGAGCCGCGGCCAUUCUUCGGCUCAUGUUCGUCGACGACAAGGACGGGGCGUCUUUCAAGGUCGUCGAGAUCGCCAACGUUGGAGCGGGGUACCCGCUCAAAUGCGACUGCGUGGAGCAGUACGCCCACGCCAUGGGAGUGCUCAAGUCGUACAUGCGCAGUCGCACUGAGGGCGCUAGCUGGAAGCUCGAUCUGCCUCACUGUGCCGAGGCUGCCGACUGCGAGUGCUGCGGAGCGCCUGUGGCACAGACUGGCGACACGGGGGACGGGUCACCGUUGGGCGGCGCUCGUCCUAACAACUGUAGCGAAGGGCAUCGCUGGCAAAAGGCGUUCCAGCAGGAGCUGCUCCCUGUCACGGGGGACAACGCCGCUGGGGCCAACGCCGCUGGGGACAACGCCGCUGCCGGGCAGGGUGCUGGCGCGGCGCCGCCUGCUUCUAUACUCACCACCAUCGCUACCGUGCUGCAAGGGAUGGGAUCUUUGUCGGAUCCGCUCCCCACGCAAGAGCAAUUCGAGGCUAUGCAAGCCGCGCACGCUCUGGCCGCCCAGUCCUCCAAUGCGCAGUUGAUGGACCCGCAGAUGCAGGCCAUGAUGGCCGCGCAUAUGGGCUCAGCCUCUUCAGCCUCUCUGCUGGCCCUGCUGGCUGGCGCAUCCAACGCCGUCCCCGGGCCAUCCACCGGCGGCCCAGGCUUUGCCAGCCUCGGCAGCCUGCUGUUCGAUGAAGACUCGGACGACGACGACGUCUUGCAUGUGUAA